AUGGGUGUAUUAAGCAAGCCGCUGCCCCUGGAGAUCUGGAUGCUCAUUGUCAAGUUGCUCAAACCCAACACGAAGGCGAAUACGAAAACCCUGCGUGCCCUUUCUCGCUGUUGCCGUGCCCUCGCUCUCUUAUCCCAACGCGUCCUCUUCAACGACCUCCACAUUCCUCGAAUAUGUCCGAUCUUGCCGGCACGGAGAGCCGGCGCGCUCGCCCGACUCAAAGAUGCAUUCACCCGAUCCCCCCACCUCGCCACGUUUGUGCGCAAAGUGUGCUAUACGAUCAAGUACUCGGACUCGCAGAAUACGAAUCUCCACUGGAUUCUGAACCAGCUCUCCAAUCUCGCUGAGGUCGAAGUUCAAUAUCAUGCGGCCGAGGUGACGCUGGACAUGCCGCGCCUGGACUGGAACGCGCUCGACGUGCGACUGCGCUCAUCCAUCAUCCACGUCGUCCAGUCUCCACGGCUCGAAAGUCUUACCCUCUCGUGGAUCAAGAACAUGCCUUUGUCCGUUUUCAUAUCUCUAUCCUCGGAUCUCAGGACAGUGAUGCUUCAGGGCGUGGAGGUAAAAGACCCCGAAAGCACUUUAAAUUAUGACCGGGCUUCGACACAAGUUGGCUUGUCACUGAGGCAGACAGAGAACAGGCGACUCCCCAAAAUUACGGAUCUGUACUACUACGAGCACGACGCGGCUAGCGUGUUGGCUUCGCGCCCGUUUGUGUUCGACUUUGAGCAGCUUCAGUUCCUCUAUAUCAGCUGGGGAAACGAGCGUCAGUGCACGCUAGGCAGGGAGCUUAUGGAGGCGGCGAGCAAUCUCGAAGGUCUAGCGUGUGUAGUCGAUUCUCCGCAAAAGUCUGCCGCAGGACUGGCAAAGGCGAUUCUGGACUACAGUUUCGACGGCAGCCUCACAACGCUGGUCAUCGUCCUCUCACACAAAACCGCCUCACCAACGCUGCAAUACGCCGACGACUAUGACCUGCUCUUAGGUCUCAUCGAAGAACUCGAGCUCCUUGCGGGCAAGAACACCGUGGAAUACCUCAUGGUACACUUCGACACCACGAAAGAGAUCCAGCACAGGCUCUUGCUCUGCCUCCAACGCUUCAACGAUGUCAUCACCCGCAAGAACUUCCCUUACCUUGAGCAUUUCGAACUCGAGUUCUGGGUGCAUUGCCCGGAGAGGUACGAUGGACCGUUUGCCGCAUACAGAUCAAGGUUGGAGGACUCCUGGAAAGAGGGCAACCUCUUGCAGUGCCGUGAAGUGUCUGCGAUACCGGGGCUGCAAUUCGAGUGCAAGGUUGUUAUUAUAGAUGGUUGGGAAGCCCCACGAGGACCGUAA